GGGGCUAUUAGGAAAAGCCAGCCGCCAGUUUAAUCUCUACAGCCGGUUCUCAGUCCCUCCAGGAAGAGAGGACAGCUGAGACGCUGGCGCUCUGGGUAGGGAACCCCAGGUCAGGCGAGGCGGGUCUCACUGGGUGGGGCCUCCGGGUCUUGGAAGCCUCCCGGGCCACGGAGAACCUUGCCAGCACUCCCGCACGGACUUGGGACCAAGCGAACAUCAAGUUCUCCUCGAGAGUUCGCGGAAGUGCGAGGUGGGGAUUUGCGGAAGAGGCGGCCAUCAUCAGAGCUCUGUGGGUCUCCUAAGCCCCUCUGUGCAUUUUCUGCUUUGGCGUUGUCCGACCCCUUCCCGAGCCAGGAGGCUUACAGUUGGAAAAUGUGGCUUCCGUGAGUUCGUUAGAUCCUAUUUGGAGGGACUGAAGACCGCGAGGGAAAGUGAGCAAUAAAGGGCCUGGUCAGCCUUCGCCCGGCCCACCCUGGGCUACCGGUGCCCUUAAACCCGCCCCUACCGAUCCGUAUUUGAGCAAGUUCCAGGCUCUCUGCACUCUCGAUCCAAAGACGCGGCGGCACAGACCAUGAAUAGUAUGCGUGCGCUAGGCUGUGCGAGGCUGCGGUGGGCGCUGCUGGGGAGGAGGGUGGCCCUCCCUGGCCUCGGCCCACACGGAGCCAGAGCCAAGGCCGCGAUCCCUGCCGCCCUUCCGGCGGCCCAGGCAGCGGAGGCUCCUGGAACCGGGCCUGGCAACCGAAGACUGCGGAGCCUGGAGGAGCUUUCAGGGCCAGGGCAUCUGCGCCUCUUAUUCCAGCUGUUCGUGCGAGGCUACGUUCUGCAAAUGCAUCAGCUCCAGGUGCUGAACAAGGCGAAGUAUGGUCCAAUAUGGGCAAACCGCUUAGGGCCUCAGAUCCAUGUGCACCUGGCCAGUGCCCCACUCCUGGAGCAAGUGAUGCGCCAAGAGGGCAAGUACCCAAUACGGAAUGACAUGGAACUAUGGAAGGAGCACCGGGACCAGCAGGGCCUGACCUAUGGGCCCUUCACCACGGAAGGACAUCAGUGGUACCGGCUGCGCCAGGCUCUGAACCAGCGGAUGCUAAAGCCAGCUGAUGCUGCACUUUAUGCGAAUGCUCUGAAUGAGGUGAUCGAGGACUUCAUGGUUCGACUGAACCAGCUGAGGGCGGAGAGCGCCUCGGGGGACCACGUGCCCGACAUAGCUCACCAUUUCUACUUCUUUGCUUUGGAAGCUAUUUCCUACAUCCUGUUUGAGAAGCGUAUUGGCUGCCUGGAGCGCUCCAUCCCCCAGGACACCGUGGGCUUUGUCAGAUCUGUCGGGUACAUGUUCCAGAACUCACUCUACGCCACCUUCCUCCCCAAGUGGACCCGUUCCCUGUUGCCUUUCUGGAAGCGAUACCUGGAUGGCUGGAACACCAUCUUCUCUUUUGGGAGGAAGCUGAUUGAUCAGAAAGUCAAGGAGAUAGAAGCCCAGCUGCAGACAGGGGUCCCAGAGGAGACCCGGAUAUCUGGCUACCUGCACUCCCUGCUGACCAGUGGACAGCUCAGUCCUGGUGAGGCCGAGGGUAGCCUGCCUGAGCUGCUCAUGGCUGGAGUAGACACGACAUCCAACACUCUGACAUGGGCCCUGUACCAUCUUUCAAAGAACCCAGAGAUCCAGGCAGCCUUGCAUGAGGAAGUGGUGAGCGUGGUACCUGCCGGGCAGGUGCCGCAGCACAAGGACUUUGCCCACAUGCCCCUGCUCAAAGCUGUGCUUAAGGAGACCCUGCGCCUCUACCCCGUGGUCCCAGUGAACUCGCGGGUCAUCGUGGACAAGGAAAUAGAAGUUGGUGGCUUCCUCUUCCCCAAGAACACCCAGUUUGUGUUCUGCCACUAUGUGGUGUCCCGGGACCCUAGCAUCUUCCCUGAGCCGGACAGCUUCCAGCCCCAACGUUGGCUGAGGAAGAACCAGCCUGAUGCCCUCAGGGUCCAACACCCAUUUGGCUCUGUGCCCUUUGGCUAUGGGGUCCGAGGUUGUCUGGGCCGCAGGAUUGCAGAGCUGGAGAUGCAGCUGCUGCUGACAAGGCUGAUCCAGCAGUAUGAGGUAGCCCUGGCCCCUGAGACAGGGGAGGUGACGAGUGUGGCUCGCAUCGUCCUGGUUCCUAAUAAGAAGGUGGGCCUGCGUUUCCUGCAGAGACAGAGCUGAGCUGGGCCUCUGCUGUCCUGGGACAGCCCCCUCCCUCCCUCCCUCCCUGGCACAUGAGGAGGGAGAGAAAGGGGCUGCCAGGUACCAGAAGUCAGAGAAACUCAGUGCACUUCCUGUAGAACCCUGAGCUUUUGCCACUUUUAUCAUUUUGAGCAUCUUCCUCUCAGAUAAAAGGCCACUUCCAUGUCACAUUGCUAACCUGACGGAAAAUAUAGAAUAAAGGGGGUUUUAUUGAUAA